GUAUCCUCUCCUUUUCUGGACUCUGUAGCAUUCUCUACAUCUCCCAAGGUUGGGAGCCAAUGAAAAAGCCUGUGGGAAUACCAGAGCCUGGCUGGCAGUUUUCCUUCUGGGUGGCUCAGGGUCCUUGACAGUAGUUACCAGUCUCAUGGAUUGAUGCCAAGUUAUAUGCCAAGUACUAUUUGUUUGCUUGUUAGUUUAUUUAUUUACAGAUAGGGUCUUACUCUGAAGUCCAGGCUGGCAUAGAACUCGUGUUUCAGUCCCGCAUGAGCCACCAUGCCUGGCUUCCCUCGUAUUUAUUCUUAUCACUCUAGUUCUCACAGCCACAGGAAGUGUGAUGUUAGUCCAUUUCCUAAGUGCUGCAGGUCAGAUAACUUACAAAGAACAAGGGUUAUUCGGUUCGUGAUGCCGAAGGCUGGGAUGUUGGCGAUCAGGUGGCCGUAUCUGGUAAGGCUCUUUCUGCUGGUAAGGAUUUAGCAGUCGACCACAGGGUAGCACCUAGACAUAAGGUCCUAUGUGUCCUACUGCCCUUUCCUGCCUUUCUAUAGCCACAGUCCUAUGGGGUCAGGGUCCCACCUGAACAGCUUCAGUUAGUCUCCGGAUGAGCCCCAUCAUUCCCGCUGUGUAGUGUGGAGACGAACACCAGCAGGCCAGAGGUGUGCCUGAGUAUCGGGUGGAGCUGGCACUGCUCCCAAGCCUGGCCUACCACUACCAGGGCCACUUGUCAAGGUUUUCAGUAAACCAGUAAGUUGCACAAGAAACAUGGCUUUGCAGGGCCUCCUCUUACAGGUCAUCUAGUACAGCCCCACGUCACAGACCAAGCCACCAGGGCUGUCCAAGUCUCUCACACCGUCGCUUUCCUCUUGGUGGUUCUCAGGCUUGCUUCUACACCCUGGGCAUCCUGUCUAAGUCCGGGUGCCUCUCCUGAUUGAAGGGGCCACUGCUGUACCCUGGAACUCUCUGCUGGGCUAGCAUUCUAAAAUCAUUCCUUCAACCACUCAUUCAGUAAACACUGCCUGAGACUUGCUGUGAGUGGUGCACUGUGACCAGCACACUGGGGAAACAGGCCCAAAGACCAGGUUAUGGCCUUCUCUAUAGUCUGGAAGCUACUGGUAGAGAGGGAGCUGCCGAGCUCCUUUGGCUGAACUCAGCCCAGUGCUAGUGGCACCUGUUAAUACCUGUGAGGUGGCUGGUGCUGUGGUCCAGGCUGAGGGAUCAGAGAAGUCACCUGAGCAGAGGCAGAGGCCACCGAAGGAGGAAGGAGGUUGCUUCUGGGAGGUUCUGAAGCGGUAGAAUGAACUGGAAGAGGUGUGGAAGAUUCCCAAGGGACAUGAACAGCCGGGCAAAAGAUCUGGAGAUGCUUGAUUGGGGAAGGCAACCCUGGGCAGGUUUCAAAAUGGAAAGAACUGUCCUGAUGUUUAGGACCAGGACUCUUCUGCUGGCUACAUUGUUGACCCUGAAGGCUUUGCUGUCCCAGUGGCAAAGGGGCCUGUGUGGGAUGCCUUCUGCCCCCCAGGGCUGCCUAGGAUCCACACUCCUAGCUCAACUUUUUCCGAUUGUCAUCUCCAGGCCUGGCUGGAAGCCUGGAAAGUCCACAGCUGGGCAGUGGCCUCAUGAGGAGGGAGUGGAGCCUCUCUGUCUGAUGGACUGGAGCCUCCCUGUACCCAGCCUCUUGGGGGAGCCCAGAGCCAGGUGUCCUGUAACUGCAGCCUUCCAGACUUGGUGUUGAAAAGCUUGGUGCAAGCCGGGAGGAACUCGCCUGGGCACCCACCAGUGGGAUCCUCUCCAUCCGAGGAACGAGCUCUCUCCAGUGCUGACAGAACCAGGCAUCCGCAGGCCUGGGCCUGCCACAGUGUGGACAAUGACAUGUAACUGUCAUCAAGCAAGAAGUGCAACCCAGGUUGAGACAGAACCUUUGCCGUGGCACCCGAGUUCUUGAUUCGACAUGCUUAUGGCUGCACCUCUGCACUGGGCCCUUCAGUCCUGGAGUUCCUGGAUCUUCUCACACCCACCAUGAAUACCUCCCAAUUCCUGGCCUCCCUCUACCCAGGAUUCCUGCAGGGUAAGAAUGGGACCCAUCCAUUGGAUUUCCUCUACAACUUCUCUGUUGGCUGCCAGGAUUCAGUGGACCUGUUAGCCUUCAUCAUCACCACCUACAGCAUCGAGACCAUCUUGGGGGUCCUGGGAAACCUCUGCUUGAUAUAUGUGACCACCAGGCAAAAGGAGAAGUCCAACGUGACCAACCUACUCAUUGCCAACCUGGCCUUCUCUGACUUCCUCAUGUGCCUCAUAUGCCAGCCGCUCACAGCCACCUACACCAUCAUGGACUACUGGAUCUUUGGUGAAGUCCUUUGCAAGAUGUUAACUUUCAUCCAGUGCAUGUCAGUGACAGUCUCCAUCCUCUCAUUGGUCCUCGUGGCCUUGGAAAGGCACCAGCUCAUCAUCCAUCCAACAGGCUGGAAGCCCAGCAUUUUCCAUGCUUACUUGGGGAUUGUGAUCAUCUGGUUCAUUUCUUGCUUCCUCUCCUUGCCCUUUCUGGCUAACAGCAUCCUGAGUGACCUCUUCCACCACAACCACUCUAAGGCUGUAGCGUUUCUGGAGGACAAGGUGGUCUGCAUUGUAUUCUGGUCCUCAGACCACCACCGUCUCAUCUACACCAGCUUCCUGCUGCUCUUCCAGUACUCCAUCCCUCUGGUUUUCAUCCUGGUCUGCUAUGUACGCAUCUACCAGCGCCUGCGGAGGCAGAGGCGUGCUUUCCACAAGGAUGCUUGCAGUUCACGAGUGGGGCAGAUGAAUCGGAUCAAUGGCAUGCUCAUGGCAAUGGUGGCUGCCUUUGCCGUGCUCUGGCUGCCCCUGCAUGUUUUCAACACUCUGGAGGACUGGUACCAGGAGGCCAUACCUGCUUGCCAUGGCAACCUCAUCUUCUUGCUAUGCCACAUGCUUGCCAUGGCUUCCACCUGUGUCAACCCUUUCAUCUACGGCUUUCUCAACACCAACUUCAAGAAGGAUAUGAAGGCCCUGGUGCUGACCUGCCAUUGCAGGUCACCCCGGAGGGAGUCGGAGCAUCUGCCCCUGUCCACUGUGCACACGGACCUCUCCAAAGGAUCUCUGAGGCUGGGUAGCAAGUCUAACUUCAUGUAGUCCUGUCCAGGCUUUUCCUUACCAUUUUCUUUUGACAGACCCUUUCACUUAGCUUAAGUAGACCCAUUGCAGACCGGGUUAGCAUCCUGUUAUUUUUGGCUUUGGGAACUAAGAUAGGCUGGCAAGAGACUUGAAGCUUGGCAGUCAGAUGGUUUAGACAUUUGCUUGUGGGAGAAUUUUGAAUCCAGAUUCUGCAGAUUACACAGUGAACUUUGAGCUUGACCUUCAGGGUGUUACAGCCAGAGACGGUGGGCACUAACAGCCACUCAGCACAGAUGCCCGGCCUAAGAACCUUCAUCCACGUCCUGGGCAUUCAGCUAACUUGCCCUGAGCAUUGUGCUAUGCUCUUUCAAGGGAUGCUGGGUGUCCCAGUAGCCUUCGACAGAAGCAGGUUCAGGGAGUCGGAAGUCUGUUUAAUAAAGGAACAGGGACAGUAGGAAUGGGUUACAAUGAAUGUGACUGUCUCAUCUAUGGAGGUCAAAGUUCAGUGCCCCUCCUGGCUGCUGAACUGGGUUCGAGGCAUCCUCAGUGUACGAACUAGACAGCUUGUCCUUAGAAAGAAGGGAACGCCAACAUAGCUCUUGGCCCACAUACGAUGGGAUAUUACAGCCCAGUUCUGUCUGUGUAGAGCUACCUUCCAAUACAGUGAAUACACCAGUCCCAUGGAAGGCCUGCCCCCACUCUGAGCAGUGUCUGGUGGGCUUUCCGGCCUUGGUCCCUUACCAAGCAUAUGUGUAACUGAUGUCCAGGAUGGGUGCUUCUGGCCACCACUUCCUUCUAGCUUGUCUCAGCGUUUGGUCACAUUUCCAGUUUAACUCCUUUGUUCCUGGAUUUUGAGAUUUCUUUUCUUUUCUUUUUUGAAAUGGGGCCUUACUGUGUAGCCCAGGGUGGCCUAGGGCUCCUGCCAAGCCUCACUUCUCAGCACUGGUUGAAGCAUAAGUCAUCACACACAUCAUGAGAGAUGAGUGUUUGAGGCACUCUUGUUCUCUGGCAGAGGCUGGUGCUGACUAUUUCAAGUGACCAACUUUGAGCAAAGGCUAGACUUUCAGGACCACCCUGGCAAGAUGUCAUUGUCCAAACCACACACACACACACACACACACACACACACACACACACACACACACAACCAGGACCUCAGCCUUCUCCAGAUACGGUUCUGGUUCCUAGAAUUUAUGCUUUUCAUUAAUUAGGCUCAAUGGGGCCAAGAUGCCAAUGGUUCAGGUUAGAUAUUUGGUGAAGGUGUUAGGAAUUGGGAUGCUAUAUAGAAGCUGCCCUGAGUGUCUAUUCUGUCCCCGUCCCCCGACCCUGGUUAGGAUGACAUUAGCCUACCCAGACGGCCGUUUCCUGAUCCUGGUGUCCUGGUGUCUAAUGGCCCAGGAUUUGUUGGUUACCAGCUUCCUUGAUGUUUGCCAACCUGAGCAUGUUCUGCAGACCAGUCUCCCUUGCACCUGGAGGCUGUUAGAUGUGCAGUCUUUGCUGCAGAUGUGCUGAAGAUGAACCUGCUUUUGGCCAGAAGAUGUAGGUUAAUUGUAGGCACACUGAAGACAGGAAGCUCUGCUUAGGAAGUAGGUCAUCCUGGGGCUUGGGUGAAAACCUGUAAAUGUACACUCUAGGGGCUGAAGUGGAUCUAUGUUCUGAACAGCGCUUUAAACAUUGAAUUGCUAAAAAAGAGAUAUUCUGUUUUGGCUGUUGUUUCUCUGGCUGCACGUGGACAUAUUUUUUGUGGAGCUUUUUCAUUAUUACAAUAAAUACUUGCCAAAUAUAUAGGGUGCAAAGCUCCAUUCACAGGGAGCCUGCCCUUUGUAUUCUGCUCUACUUCACAUAAAACUAUACUGCUAACAUUUUCCCAUUGGUUUUGAUAGCUGCUUACCAGUUCAGAAACUGCUGGCACCCCUCAGCAUUCCUAUGUAACUCCUCGCAGUGGGUGGUUGUGGGGAAGGCUCCUAUGGCCAAGUUAGUAGCAGUUCCGUGUCGAGGAGUGCUGGGGUUAGCUCUGGAGACCUUCCCACAAAGCAAACCUGGGAGUUCUGAGACUAUGUGAAGCCUUAUCAAAUCCUGGCAGUAAGAGCUCAACCUUGUUUGACUCUAGCCUUUUCCUCUUCAAUAAACAACCUUGACUUGCCUUAUAAAAGUAAUCCCAUUCAAAAGUAAACAUAUUCCAAAAUAAAGUUAAAGAAAAAAAUUGUCCACAGUUCCAUUGUUCAAAGAUAAUCACUGAUUAUAUUUUUGGGGCUCAUUUUUAGUUAGUAUAUGCAUAUGUCCGUUUAAAAAAUAUUACUGAGAUUAAAUUAUGUAUGUAUUAAUAUUUACAUUAUAUAGCAUUUAAGGAUCAUGUACAUAAUAUUUAAGGAUUAUUUCACCUGAGACAGGCUACUGCUAUGUGACUUAGGCUACUAUGGAACUAACUGUACAGUCCAAAUUGGCCUCCAACUUGUGAUUCUCCUGCCUCUGUCUCUUGAGUGCUGGGAUUAUAGGCCGGCACCACCACAUGUGGCUUAGCUUGAUUUUUUCCUUUUUUUCAAGACAGGGUUUCUCUGUGUAGCCCUUCCUUGGCUGUCCUGGAACUUGCUCUGUAGACCAGGUUGCCUUUGAACUCAGAGAUCUGCCUGCCUCUGCCUCCUGAGUCCUGGGAUUAA